CAUAAUAAUAAAAAAUCUCAUAGUUAUCGACAACUUAUUAAGCAGGUUUAUAAAGAAAAUUGUUUUGAAUUUUUUAAAUCAAAUCUGCUUGAAAUCGAAGCAUCAAUUGGCAACGUCGGGUUCGGAUCUUUAGCGCCCAAGAUAGGUCUUAAGUCGAUGUAAGUCGAUUGUAGAAUAAUACACGGCGGAAGAGUUGACAGUUGACAAACAGUACGCAGAUUCAGCCAAUCAGAGCGUCCCGAUUUGUUAGUUUCUGCCCCAUUUAUAUAGAAUUCCGCACUUAUCCGCCAUUACACAUUGAGUUGUCUUGAUCUAUGGACAUGCCCUGGGUACUCUCACUUAAAAACCUAACCGAGAAAAACUGAUUUUAUAGUCGCCACUGUAGGAAAAUAUUCUGUGGAUGAAUGCGAUAACUCACUAUGGUCAAGUCAGUCUCCAUUGUCUUGUCCAUGUCAUUGUCAUUGUCACCACCAACUUGUCUUUGUUUAUGUCAGUCACUUGUCUGUCUAUGGUGUAAAUGUGUAAAUAGAAGUUACUUCGGCCUGAAAAGCUGCAAAAACUCAGAAGCACAGACUACAUACUAAUGCAUACAUCCUCAGAAGUAAUGCUGUGAAAUACAUAGAACCCUAGUGCAAGUAAUCAAGAAUGCCAACCAUGAAGGACUCUUACAUAGUAAAAAUUGCUGUGGAAAUGACCGAGCAGGUCCCACAGCUGAUUGAAUUUAAUCAAAAGCAGCCAAACUGUCUGUUCUUAGUGCAGACAUGACCUUUGCCUUGGAGUUUAUCAACAAACAAGGGCUGACAUUGAUAAUAAAGCAAAUUGAAAAGGGCACUUGCAAAGGAACAGUGCUAGCACACACUUUGCUGUCCUUUGUGGAGCUUAUGGAGCCUGGAAUAGUGUCUUGGGAUGUGCUAAAUGGCGAAUUUAUCACCCGAGUGGCUAAUUUGGUUAAUACCGCACAGGAAGCUCAAGUGACCCAAGCAGCCCUGUCAAUUUUGGAAAAUGUGAUUCUUAAUAGCACUGAAGGCUACAGCCAGGUUGAAAGGGAAAUUCCUAUCACAUCGCUUAUGACGCACCUUCAAGCAGCUUCAGUGGUUCAGCAGAAUGCUGUUGCCCUUAUCAAUGCCCUGCUUUCUAGAGCUGAUGUCACUAAAAGGAGAUCAUUGGCACAAACGUUGACGUCGAAACAAGUGAGAACAGUUAUCCAGAACAAUAUAUUGCAGACAGGGGCUUCCAGUGGUGCAGAAAUGGCUCAUCAGCUGUAUGUUUUACAAACUCUGAUGUUGGGACUUUUGGAACAGAGGAUGUUGACGAAAAUGGACCCACAGGAUCAAGACGGUCACGACAAAAUCAAAGAACUCAGACGGAUUGCAUUUGACAGCGAGGGUGCAGGCAGUUUGCGUGGAGUGCAAGGUUUUACAAGAGACUACAAGAAAUUGGGCUUCAAAAAUGAUAUCAAUCCAGCCCUUGAUUUCACCGAAACACCGCCAG